CAUUUAAUUUUGUUCCCAAUUUCUUCUUCUCCUCUUUCUCAAGGCUGCCAAAUCUCUACUUUUUCCCUCUUGAAAAGUCUCUCUCAACUUUGUAAGCAGAUAGAUCUAUAAUUUCUAGCAAUGGCUGAUAAGGAGACUGUGAUGGUACUAAAGGUUGAUCUGCAGUGUCCCUGCUGUUAUAAAAAGGUGAAGAAAAUUCUCUGCAAAUUUCCUCAAAUUAGAGACCAGGUAUAUGAUGAGAAAGCAAACACGGUCACAAUCACCGUAUUUUGCUGCAACCCUGAAAAAAUUCGAGACAAAUUGUGCUGCAAAGGUGCCAAAGUCAUCAAAAGCAUUGAGAUCAAAGAUCCACCCAAGCCCAAGCUACCCGAGAAGCCCAAAGACCCAGUAAAGCCGAAGGAGCCUGAGAAGCCCAAAGUUGUCAUAAUCGAAAAGCCCAAGGAACUGGAGAAGCCCAAGGUCGUGAUGCCCGAGAAGCCCAAAGAGCCCGAGAAACCAAAACAAGUGGAGAAUCCCCAAGAAAAGCCCAAGGAAGUGGAGAAGCCCAAAGAAGGUCCAAAACCGGAGCGUCCAAAAAUAAUACCCCAGGCGGCACCGAACUUUCCUCAGCCGGAGCCGGUGGUGGGACCCAGCUGGCCGGAGCCGGUAAACGAGUAUCCGGCGGCUUACCCCGUCCGUACAUGUUGCGGGGAGUGCUACGGAGGUUAUGGUGGGGGCCCAUGUUACAAUGGAUAUGGGAAUGAUGACUACUAUGGGUAUGAUGGGUAUGGGUAUGGUAGGGGAUGUCCCAUCAGAAGGUGCGAUUACUACUUUAGUGAUGAGAAUCCUCGUGGCUGCUCCAUCAUGUGA